AUGCCCGGCCUGAAAACCAGCACCGGUAAGUUAAAAAAAUCCUUGUUUGGCUUUUGUGACCUUUCUUUACAUUCCUCCGCGCCAAUCUGGUGCUGCCGAGUUCCGCCAUGUCGUCCAAUGUCUCAACGCCAAAUCUCGAGCCGUGGUCAACGCACACGCUUGCUCCCCCAUCGCCCUCGCCCCUCGGUGCUCACCCGCCCCUGACGCCCCUGACAGCUCUCGACGACAUCCCGCCUCUCUCCUUGAACGUCUUAAAAACGCACGACGACAAGGUGGACGGGCUGAAGCUCAUCGCGGACAGCAUCGCACAGCAGCGGCAGCAGGCCGCAUUCCAUCUCGUGUUCCACCCCUUACUGGUCGGCUCGCUGCUCGUCCUCCUGUCUGGAGUCUACCAGUACGCAUGGGUCCUGCGGCAGCACGACCUCGGCACCACCCUGACGUUGGGUAGUGGCGUCGUCAUGACUUACCUCUUGGGUAUCCGGUACUUCGUGUCGGGCUACAUUCGCGCCGCCGAAGAGCUGAGCUGGGACUGGCUGGUGGGCGACGACGGCGAGGAGGACGUGGUCAUCGGCACGCGGUUCGGCGGCGAUCUGGUCGGCGCGCUCGUGCUGCGCCUCGUGCCCAGCAGCCCCUCGGCGCCCGCGACGUCCAAGCGCGGCAGCAAGAACAGCCACCACCGCGGCCCGGCCCUCCGCGGCGGCCGCGGCGUCAUCCGCGCCUGGACGACCAAGCUGCGCUACCGCCACCGCGGCGUCGGCGGCGACAUGCUGCGCGAGGCCGUGCGCGUCACGCGCGACAAGUGCGGCCGCGACGCUGAGAUCGGCUUCGCCCUCGAACACGCCAACAGCGUCAUGGUCCUACCCGAGCUGUUUAACAAACCUUUCCGCAAGGGUGAGAUCAAGGCCGCCAGGGCCCUCGAGGCCGUCGUGAGCGAGUGCGACAAGCGCAAGAGGUGAUGGAUGCCAA